UCCAGUGACUUCCAAAGAGGGGACAGUGAUCGAGUCUCCCCCUCGCAUGCCAGUCCCGUCGCCAUAUUCCCCUGUCCGGGGCAGAGACGCUUUACCUGCUUCCCCGGAAUCUCUUCGGAUCAGCUGUCACCAUGAGCAGUGCCACCUACCACAUCUCCAGCCUGCUGGAGAAGAUGACGUCCAGCGACAAGGAUUUCAGGUUCAUGGCCACCAACGACCUGAUGGUCGAACUGCAGAAGGAUUCCAUCAAGUUGGACGAAGACAGUGAAAAGAAAGUGGUGAAGAUGCUGCUGAAGUUGCUGGAGGAUAAGAAUGGAGAGGUGCAGAACCUGGCCGUGAAGUGCCUCGGCCCCUUGGUGGGGAAAGUGAAGGAGUACCAGGUUGAGACUAUUGUGGACACAUUAUGCAGUAAUAUGUUAUCAGACAAGGAGCAGCUGAGAGAUAUUUGCAGCAUUGGAUUAAAAACGGUGAUCUCUGAGCUUCCAGCAGCUGGUGCAGGUACAUCAUUAGCAGCCAACGUGUGCAGGAAGAUCACGGGACAACUGACCGGAGCUGUAGGGAAGAGGGACGAUGCAGCUGUGCAGUUGGAGGCUCUCGACAUCCUUUCUGACAUGCUGGGGAGGUUAGGAGGAGCACUUUUCACUUUCCAUCCUUCCAUCCUGAACUGCCUUCUGCCCCAGCUUACCAGCCCUCGGCUGGCUGUGAGGAAGAGAGCGGUUCUGGCCUUGGGGCAUCUGGUGCAAACCUGCAACGGGAACUUAUUUACUGAGCUUAUGGAGCAUCUUGUGGCAGAGCUGAGGAAGAAUGAGUCCACAUCCACUACUAGGACCUACAUCCAAUGUGUUGCAACUGUGAGCUGGCAGGCAGGCCACAGGCUAGCUCCACACUUGGAGAGGGUUGUGCCGCUGGUAGUGGGGUUCUGUAAGGUGGAGGAUGAUGAGUUGCAGGAACAAUGCUUCCAGGCGUUGGAUGCUUUCAUUAGGCGUUGUCCAAAAGAGAUCUCUGGACAUAUCCCCACCGUGAUGGAGCUGUGCCUGAAGUACAUCGCAUACGACCCCAACUAUAACUAUGACAGUGAGGAGGAGGACGUUAUGGAAACAGAGAGCGAGGAAGAGCAAGAGAGCGAUGAUGAGUACAGUGAUGACGACGACAUGAGUUGGAAGGUGAGGCGCUCUGCGGCCAAGUGCCUGGAGUCUCUGAUCAGUGCCAGACCGGAUCUCUUGGCUGAAUUUUACAAGACAGCAGCCCCUGUGAUUAUCUUGCGUUUCAAGGAGCGUGAAGAGAACGUCAAGGCGGAUAUCUUCUCAGCUUACAUUGCCCUGCUGCGGCAGACACGCUCUGCUCAGAGCUGGAGGCUGCGUGCCGACACUGGAGGGAAAGAAGAUGUUCCGCUUGCUACUUUGCAGAACCAGGUUCCUUCUGUAAUGAAGUCUCUGCACAAACUCUUCAGAGAUAAGAGUGUAAAGUCUCGUCAGGGCUGCUUUGCUGUGCUCACAGAGUUAACCAUGACUCUCCCAGGAUGCCUUUCUCAGCAUAUACCGGAGCUUGUUCCAGGGUUGGUUUUCUCGCUUACAGAUAAGUCCAGCAGCUCCAAUAUGCGUCUGGACACCUUGAGCUUCCUUCACGUUGUGCUCAGCAGUCUUCCUUCAGAAUGUUUCCAUCCCCAUCUACCUGCCAUUGUCCCCUCAGUAGUUACCUGCAUUUCUGACCCCUUCUACAAGAUCACUUCAGAAGCUCUUCUGGUGGCCCAGCAGCUGGUUAGGGUUAUUCGGCCACUGGACAAGAUUCAGGUCUCAAAACCCUCACCGUAUACAAGAGAGCUGUUUAAUGCUACCUCAAAGAGGCUUCAGGCGACAGACAUCGAUCAGGAAGUAAAGGAACGAGCUCUGUCCUGUAUGGGCCACUUAAUUUGUCAUCUUGGGGACCAUUUGGGUAGUGACCUGCAGCCUACCCUCCAUCUCAUUCUGGAGCGUCUCCGUAACGAGAUCACUCGUCUCACUGCAGUUAAAGUGCUUAUUCUUAUUGCAGGUUCUCCGUUAAAGAUUGACUUGCGCCCAUUGUUGAAGGAAGCGUUGCCCAUUCUGUCCUCUUUCCUGCGUAAGAACCAGCGAGCUCUUAAACUGGGGACUCUCUCUGCCCUUGGGGUUCUAGUCAGGAAUUACAGUGACUGCCUGAAGCCUCCUAUGGUGGAUCCUUUGUUAGGAGAGUUGCCUUCCCUGCUGGCUGAAUCAGACAUGCACGUGUCGCAGGUCACUGUGGACUUUCUCACCACCCUGGUGACUUCACAUCCAGCUGCUCUUCAUAAACUGGCUUCUCAAAUUCUACCCCAGCUUUUCCACUUGGUGCACUCUCCUCUCCUGCAGGGGGGUGCACUCACAUCCAUACUCUCUUUUUUGCGUACGGUCGUCACAAGCCGCACACCUCAUCUGGGCUACACAGAACUCCUUAAGCAACUGACUGGACCCAUCUACAGCUCAGGGUCCGCUCUACACAAACAGGCCUUCCACUCGGUGGCGAAAUGUGUGGCCGCUCUGGCAAGUGCCUGCCCCAAAGAGUCUGCUGCUUCCAUUAAUCAGUUUAUACAAGACGCAAAGAGCCCCAGAGUAGGCGACCCAGUAAAAGUUCUGUCUUUCCUGGCGUUGGCCGAGAUCGGGCGUGAGUGCAGUCUGGGAGCCCAGCAGCGGGAGUUGAAAAGCGUCAUCCUGGAGGCAUUUGCUUCCCCCAGCGACGAGGUGAAGUCUGCAGCCUCUUAUGCUUUGGGCAAUGCUAGUGUCGGAAGCCCGGCAGACUUCCUCCCAUUCAUGCUGCAUGAAAUUGGGGGGCAACUUCGAAAACAGUACCUCCUGCUGCACUCACUCAAGGAAGCCCUGACCUCACUCCCUUGUGAGGAACUCAGGCCGUAUCAGGAAGACGUGUGGAAACUUUUGCUCCAGUACUGCGAAGCUGCCGAGGAAGGCACUAGAAACGUGGUGGCAGAGUGUUUGGGCAAGCUGACUCUUGUGAAUCCAGACCAGCUCCUGCGCAGGUUGUGCAAACAGCUGGAUUCAGGUUCUCCUCAGACCCGAAGCACUGUGAUAACAGCCUUUAAAUUCACAAUCUCUGACCAGCCAGCUCCUAUUGACCCCCUGCUACAGAACUGCAUAGGUGAUUUCUUGAAAUGCCUCAAGGACCCGGAGCCCAAUGUGCGGCGUGUGACCUUGGUCAUGUUUAACUCUGCGGCUCACAAUAAACCAUCGCUGGUCAGGAACUUACUGGGCAAGGUCCUGCCUCCCCUGUAUAACGAGACCAGAAUCAGGCGUGAGCUGAUACGGGAGGUGGAGAUGGGUCCCUUUAAGCACACGGUAGAUGAUGGUCUUGACGUCCGGAAGGCAGCAUUUGAGUGCAUGUACACACUGCUGGAGAGCUGCCUGGACCAGCUGGACAUCUAUGAGUAUUUAAGUCAUGUGGAAGACGGGCUUAAAGAUCAUUACGACAUAAGGAUGCUCACCUUCAUUAUCCUCAGCCGCCUCUCCGUCUUGUGUCCCAGUGCAGUGCUCCGGAGCUUAGACCAGCUAAUCGAGCCUCUUCGGGCUACAUGUACCACAAAGGUGAAGGCUGGGUCUGUAAAACAGGAGUUUGAGAAGCAGGAUGAACUCAAGAGAUCAGCCAUGAGGACCAUCACCGCUCUGCUCACUAUCCCAGAGGUCGAGAACAGCAGGAGUAUGGCUGAGUUUCUGGCCCAAAUUAGAUCCAAUCCUGAAUUGUCCUCUCUGUUUGAGAACAUCCAGAAAGACUCUGUGACAACGUGCACCACAGAGGCCAUGGACAUAAGCUAAGGACCCGCAUCGUCCUUAACCAGUGAACUCGACAGAUCUCCCUUCAAACUUGGAUACAUAAUUUAGAAGAUGCCUGCUUUCAGUUCUCAUUGAAAGAAAAUCUCUAUGGUCAUUAAGAGGAGGCUUACUGGUUGAUGCAGGAAAGAGUAAGUUCUUAAAGGUUCCAUGCCAAACCUAAAGCUUUCAGGAGAUACUUUAACAGCAAUAUAUUGUGCCAGCGAAAGCCAUUGUAGUAAAAGAAACGGUACAUCCGUAGUUAUUGUGGCUUCUGUUACGUAUUAGUUGCAGGGCCUAUUUCUGCUGUUACAACCAAAGUGCUUAUUAUAAAUAUAGAAAAUACAUUAUUCUGUAACAUCAGGAAAUCUCUCUAAAUAAAGAGUAUAAACCUAACGAAA